GCUCUUAACUGCUUCAUGCUGACAGGGUGCACUGUUUUGGGAAAACGGCAGUCAGAUCUCUCAGAGGCCUAUCGAAGUGUUUCCCGGGUAAUGGGACCAGGUAAUGGGACCCAUUGCCCGUGGCUCCAUUUGCAUGACCAUUUGGAGUUUGAUGGUCUCUAGGAAUGACUCUGAGUUGGACUAGAUCUCUUCAUGCUUACCCAAGCUAUCUUACAUAUCAGCAUAACUGAGAAUUCAACAAGGAGGUAAAGAGGAACAAUGGGAUCUCUGGUUUUACUGUAUAAAUCUAUCAGCCAGUCACAUUCUUACAUGUCUAUUUUAAGUAUGGGAGAGGCUCCAAAGAGAAGUUAAGACUAAAGCUGUUUGCUUGUAAAGCUGCAUUGAUUUGGGAUUCUUUCUGGACCAAAUGAAUUAGAAUCCUGGAAAGUGACUCGACUUUGAGGUAAUAAAUGCCUGAGCCACAUUGGAAGCAGGGGUCUCAGAAGGAAGGCGCAGAUGGGAAAGGCUUUUCUGGGCGGUGGCGUUUCAAUGCAAGGAGGGCGCUUGAAUCACUGACAGACUUCAAGUUAAGGGAGUUUUCGUGGCUGAGUGUCAGAGGGACACGGCCAACGUGGGGUCCCUUCUAGGCUGACAGCCGCUCUCCAGCCACUGCCGGGAGCCCGUCUGCUCCCGCCCUGCCCGUGCACUCUCCGCAGCCGCCCUCCGCCGAGCCCCAGCGCCCGCUCCCAUCGCCGAUGACCGCGGGGAGGAGGAUGGAGAUGCUCUGUGCCGGCAGGGUCCCUGCGCUGCUGCUCUGCCUGGGUUUCCAUCUUCUACAGGCAGUCCUCAGUACAACUGUGAUUCCAUCAUGUAUCCCAGGAGAGUCCAGUGAUAACUGUACAGCUUUAGUUCAGACAGAAGACAAUCCACGUGUGGCUCAAGUGUCAAUAACAAAGUGUAGCUCUGACAUGAAUGGCUACUGUUUGCAUGGACAGUGCAUCUACCUGGUGGACAUGAGUCAAAACUACUGCAGGUGUGAAGUGGGUUAUACUGGUGUCCGAUGUGAACACUUCUUUUUAACCGUCCACCAACCUUUAAGCAAAGAAUAUGUGGCUUUGACCGUGAUUCUUAUUAUUUUGUUUCUUAUCACAGUCGUCGGUUCCACAUAUUAUUUCUGCAGAUGGUACAGAAAUCAAAAAAGUAAAGAACCAAAGAAGGAAUAUGAGAGAGUUACCUCAGGGGAUCCAGAGUUGCCGCAAGUCUGAAUGGCGCCAUCAAACUUAUGGGCAGGGAUAACAGUGUGCCUGGUUAAUAUUAAUAUUCCCAUUUUAUUAAUAAUAUUUAUGUUGGGUCAAGUGUUAGGUCAAUAACACUGUAUUUUAAUAUACUUGAAAAAUGUUUUUAUUUUUGUUUUAUUUUUGACAGACUAUUUGCUAAUGUAUAAUGUGCAGAAAAUAUUUAAUAUCAAAAGAAAAUUGAUAUUUUUAUACAAGUAAUUUCCUGAGCUAAAUGCUUCAUUGAAAGCUUCAAAGUUUAUAUGUCUGGUGCACAGUGCUUAGAAGUAAGCAAUUCCCAGGUCAUAGCUCAAGAAUUGUUAGCAAAUGACAGAUUUCUGUAAGCCUAUAUAUAUAGUCAAAUCGAUUUAGUAAGUAUUUUUUUUCUGUUCCUCAAAUCGGUGAUAAUUGGUUUGACUGUACCAUGGUUUGAUAUGUAGUUGGCACCAUGGUAUCAUAUAUUAAAACAAUAAUGCAAUUAGAAUUUGGGAGAAGCAAAUAUAGGUCCUGUGUUAAACACUACACAUUUGAAACAAGCUAACCCUGGGGAGUCUAUGGUCUCUUCACUCAGGUCUCAGCUAUAAUUCUGUUAUAUGAGGGGCAGUGGACAGUUCCCUAUGCCAACUCACGACUCCUACAGGUACUAGUCACUCAUCUGCCAGAUUCUGCCUAUGUAAAAUGAAUGGAAAAACAAUUUUCUGUAAUCUUUUAUUUAAGUAGUGGGCAUUUCAUAGCUUCACAAUGUUCCUUUUUUGUAUAUUACAACAUUUAUGUGAGGUAAUUACUGCUCAACAGACAAUUAGAAAAAAGUCCACACUUGAAGCCUAAAUUUGUGCUUUUUAAGAAUAUUUUUAGACUAUUUCUUUUUAUGGGGGCUUUGCUGAAUUCUAACAUUAAAUCACAGCCCGUAAUUUGAUGGACUAAUUAUUAUUUUAAAAUAUAUGAAGACAAUAAUUCUACAUGUUGUCUUAAGAUGGAAAUACAGUUACUUCAUCUUUUAUUCAAGGAAGUUUUAACUUUAACACAGCUCAGUAAAUGGCUUCUUCUAGAAUGUAAAGUUAUGUAUUUAAAGUUGUAUCUUGACACAGGAAAUGGGAAAAAACUUAAAAAUUAAUAUGGUGUAUUUUUCCAAAUGAAAAAUCUCAAUUGAAAGCUUUUAAAAUGUAGAAACUUAAACACACCUUCCUGUGGAGGCUGAGAUGAAAACUAGGGCUCAUUUUUCUGACAUUUGUUUAUUUUUUGGAAGAGACAAAGAUUUCUUCUGCACUCUGAGCCCAUAGGUCUCAGAGAGUUAAUGGGAGUAUUUUUGGGCUAUUGCAUAAGGAGCCACUGCUGCCACCACCUUUGGAUUUUAUGGGAGGCUGCUUCAUCGAAUGCUAAACCUUUGAGCAGAGUCUCCCUGGAUCACAUACCAGGUCAGGGAGGAUCUGUUCUUCCUCUACGUUUAUUCUGGCAUGUGCUAGGACAACGAAGACAUAAUAAGCCAUGGCUGACCUCUGGAGCACCAGGUGCCAGGACUUGUCUCCAUGUGUAUCCAUGCAUUAUAUACCCUGGUGCAAUCACACGACUGUCAUCUAAAGUCCUGGCCCUGGCCCUUACUAUUAGGAAACUAAACAGACAAAAACAAGUAAAUAUAUAUGUUCAUAUACAUAUUGUAUAUGUAGUCAUAUACAUAUUGUAUAUGUAGUCAUAUACAUAUUGUAUAUGUAGUCAUAUACAUAUUGUAUAUAUAUAUUCAUAUACAAACAUGUAUGUAUACAUGACCUUAAUGGAUCAUAGAAUUGCAGUCAUUUGGUGCUCUACUAACCAUUUAUAUAAAAUGUAAAAACAAGAGAAAAGAAAAAUCAAUUAGAUCUAAAGAGUUAUUUCUGUUUCCUAUUUAAUAUAGCUGAAGUCAAAAUAUGUAAGAACACAUUUUAAAUACUCUACUUACAGUUGGCCCUCUGUGGUUAGUUCCACAUCUGUGGAUUCAACCAACCAAGGAUGGAAAAUACUUAAAAAAUAAUACAACAACAACAACAAAAUACAUUAUAACAACUAUUUACUUUUUUUUUUUUUUUUUGAGACGGAGUCUCGCUCUGUUGCCCAUGUUGGAGUGCAGUGGCAUGAUCUCGGCUCACUGCAACCUCACCUCCCGGGUUCAAGAGAUCCUCCUGCCUCAGCCUCCUGAGCAGCUGGGACUACAGGCGCAUGCCACCAUGCCCGGCUAAUUUUUGUAUUUUUAGUAGAGGUGGGGUUUCACCAUGUUGGCCAGGAUGGUCUCAAUCUCCUAACCUUGAGAUCCACCCUCCACAGCCUCCCAAACUGCUGGGAUUACAGGCAUGAGCCACCGCACGUAGCAUUUACAUUAGGUAUUAUAAGUAAUGUAAAGAUGAUUUAAGUAUACAGGAGGAUGUGAAUAGGUUAUAUGCAAGCACUAUGCCCUUUUAUGUAAGUGACUUGAACAUCUGUGCCCGAUUUUAGUAUGUGCAGGGGGGCGAUCUGGGAAUCAGUCCCCUGUGGAUACCAAGGUACAACUGUAUUUAUUAAUGCUUACUAGAUGUGAAGAGAGUCUGAAUAUUUUCAGUGAUCUUGGCUGUUUCAAAGAAAAUCUAUUGACUCUUCAAUAAAUCAGCUGCAAUCCAUUUAUUUCAUUUACAAAAGAUUAAUUGUAAGCAUCUCAAUCUUGGUUUGUCAGUUUAUCUUAAGCAUGUCAAUUCAUAAAAACAAGUCAUUUUUGUAUUUUUCAUCUUUAAGAAUGCUUAAAAAAGCUAAUCCCUAAAAUAGUUAGAUCUUUGUAAAUGCAUAUUAAAUAAUAAAGUAUGACCCACAUUCCUUUUUAUGGGUGAAAAUAAGACAAAAAUAAUAGUUUUAGUGAGGAUGGUGCUGAGUAAACAUAAAAACUGAUUUGCUCUCAGCUGAUGUGUCCUGUACACAGUGGAAAGAUUUUAGUUCACACUUAGUCUAACUUCCCCAUUUUACAGAUUUCUCAUUAUAUAUAUUUCUAGAAGGGGCUAUGCAUAUUCAAUGUAUUGAGAACCAAAGCAACCACAAAUGCAUAAAUGCAUAAUUUAUGGUCUUCAACCAAGGCCACAUAAUAACCCAGUUAACUUACUCUUUAACCAGGAAUAUUAAGUUCUAUAACUGGUACUCAAGGUUUAACCUUAAAAUUGAGAUUUCCUUAACCUUAACCUUAAAAUUGAUAUUAUAUUAAACAUACAUAAUACAAUGUAACUCCACUGUUCUCCUGAAUAUUUUUUGCUCUAAUCUCUCUGCCGAAAGUCAAAGUGAUGGGAGAAUUGGUAUACUGGUAUGACUACGUCUUAAGUCAGAUUUUUAUUUAUGAGUCUUUGAGACUAAAUUCAAUCACCACCAGGUAUCAAAUCAACUUUUAUGCAGCAAAAUAUAAUUCUAGUGUCUGAUUUUUGUUAAAUUCAGUAAUGCAGUUUUUAAAAACCUGUAUCUGACCCACUUUGUAAUUUUUGCUCCAAUAUCCAUUCUGUAGACUUUUGAAAAAAAAGUUUUUAAUUUGAUGCCCAAUACAUUCUGACUGUUAAAAAAUUCUUGUUCAUAUGGGAGAAGGGGGAGUAACGACUUGUACAAACAGUAUUUCUGGUGUAUAUUUUAAUGUUUUUAAAAAGAGUAAUUUCAUUUAAAUAUCUGUUAUUCAAAUUUGAUGAUGUUAAAUGUAAUAUAAUGUAUUUUCUUUUUAUUUUGCACUCUGUAAUUGCACUUUUUAAGUUUGAAGAGCCAUUUUGGUAAACGGUUUUUAUUAAAGAUGCUAUGGAACAUAAAGUUGUAUUGCAUGCAAUUUAAAGUAGCUUAUUUGACUAUGAAUGUUAUCGGAGUACUGAAUUGUAUCAAUUUGUUUGUGUUCAAUAUCAGCUUUGAUAAUUGUGUACCUUAAGAUAUUGAAGGAGAAAAUAGAUAAUUUACAAUAUAUUAUUAAUUUUUAUUUAUUUUUCUUGGAAAUUGAAAAAAAUUGAAAUAAAUAAAAAUGCAUUGAACAUCAUGCAUUCAAAAUCUUCAC